AUGCAACAUCGUCUCGACAAGAUUGGACUCAGCCGAGACCUUUCCAGGGUGUUCAAGCCUGUGGUUGAGGCUCAGCGGGAAGCAGCUUCAAAAAUCACCAAAACAAUCGAAGAUUUACCUGCAGCAGUGCCAGCCCUCCCUCCUCCACCGCCCGAGUUUGCUGAUCCACUACCCAUCGCACCACCUACAGACACCGUCCUCGGACCUCGAGCACAGCAAUAUUUGCAGCUCAGUAUGACUCCUUCCGCCGACCACACCUUUGGAUUGCGAUCUGAAAACGAUGGUCUCUUCAUCGGAAGCUCACCAGUUACUUUUGACGAUGAUGAUAUUUUCGUGGAUGGUGUGAGGUACAAAGGAACCCUUGGCCUCUGGGAACUCAUGGUGAAUAAGAAACCAGAAUCGUUUGAGCCCGACGACCUUUACGACUAUGCAGAGAUCCUGAAAAGUUCCGGUGCCAUGUAUCAAGGCAAUUCCACCCUCUCGAGAACCCCGAAGGCGAAUAAGAGUUACAAGUGGAAGGAAAUCGUAUCCCACAUCUACAAGAAGGAUAAGUUUGGCAGUGGGCUGCAAACCGUGUUUCUUCCUUCCAACUUCAAGCAGCUUCUCGAUCGCUUGGAACUGUGUGCUGCAGCAUACCGAGCAGGAAACAAUGGUGUGCGCAACGAAAUUGUGUCGAUUAUCGAUGCUAUGAAAAGGGGUAGACAUAUCAGCAUCGAGGAAUAUAAGGCACUGCAUCGUAGCAUCCUAUAA